AUGCUCCACCUCUUGCUGCUUUUGGGGUUUUGCACCCUUGGAGUUUGUCUUCCUCGUCAGUAUCACUUUGUGAAUGACUACAAGACCUGGUAUGAAGCACAGAGUUACUGCAGAGAGCUUUAUGUCGACUUAGCAAGCAUUGAUAGCCUUGAAGAAGGGCUGCAGCUUAUUAGCUUAGUAAACAUCAGGAACAUUAUCCCAGCCUGGAUUGGACUGUAUGAUGAUCUGAACAUCUGGAGAUGGUCUCUGGAGGAUGAUGACUUCUACAAGGGGAAUGAGGGAAAGUUCAGAAACUGGUACAUAGAGAAACCUACAAACCGGUAUGGAAACCACCUCUGUGCCCUUUAUUCAACUACAGAUAUGACAUGGGCUGAAUUGUCUUGCUCUUCUGAGUUCCCAUUCAUAUGUUAUGAUGGAAGUGUCAAUGCCACUGAAAGAUAUGUUGUGGUUUCUCAGUACAUGAACUGGACUGAAGCUCAGAGUUACUGCAGAGAGUUUUACACGGACCUGGUCAGUGUGAGGAACGACACUGAAAACAGGAAGUUAAAAUCAGUAUUUUUAGCAACUUUUACUUAUGCUUUUUAUACAUAUGAUACAUGGAUCGGCCUUUAUAGAACCAGCUCUUGGUCAGAUAGGAGCAACUCUUCUUUCAGCAACUGGAAACCAGGACAACCAGACAAUGCUGGGGAGAAUGAACACUGUACAGCUGUGUCAUUCAGUGACUUUGGCCAAUGGACAGAUGAAAACUGCAUUCAUACACUGCCAUUUCUCUGCUACAGUGCAACAUCACCCACAUCUGUUCGUCAGUAUCACUUUGUUAAUGAGAGUAAGACCUGGACUGAGGCACAGAGUUACUGCAGAGAGUAUUACACUGACCUGGCCACCAUAGAUAACAUGGAGGAAAUGAACAUGCUCAAUAACACAGCAAAUGGCAGCUGCUCUGGUUUAGCCUGGAUUGGACUGUAUGAUGAUCUGGACGGCUGGAGAUGGUCUCUGGAUGAUGACAGUUUCUACAAGGAGGGAGAGAGAGAUUACAGAGCGUGGACCCAUCAGCCUGACAACUAUGGUGGAAAUGAGCUGUGUGUCUAUAUGAGUUCUUCUGGGACAUGGUUUGAUAAAUCAUGCAAUACAAAUUAUCCAUUUAUUUGCUAUGAUGGAAGAGCUGGAUCUGAGAACUACAUCUGGAUUACCCAGCGCAUGUCUUGGCCAGAUGCUAAGCGUUACUGCAGAGAGCACCACACAGACCUGGCCAGUGUGAGGAACUGGGCAGAAAAUCAGAGAAUUGUUGAUAUUUCAGGUGGCUCUGAUGUUUGGAUUGGUCUAUAUAGGACCAGACAGUGGUCAGACCAGCACAGUUCCACAUAUGAGAACUGGAGACCAGGUCUGGAUUCUGUGCCUGAUGAACCAAACAAUGGUUUGUCAGAUGCUUCUGGCGAAUAUGGUAACCAGCACUGUACCGCUAUAUCAUUCAGCGAUUCAGGCCAGUGGACAGAUGAGAACUGCUUAGCCACGCUGCCUUUUGUCUGCUACAGCAGGUUCUGCACAGGAUCCUCAUGUGUUCCUCAUCAGUAUCACUUUAUUAAUGAGCCAAAGACCUGGGCAGCAGCACAGAGGUACUGCAGAGAGAAUUACACUGACCUGGCCACCUUUGAUAAUGUGGAGGAGGUAAACAGGGUCAUUAUGACAGUAGGUGGUAGUUACUCUGGUUUAGCCUGGAUUGGACUGUAUGAUGACCUGAACAGCUGGAGAUGGUCUCUGGAUGAAGAUGGUUUCUACAAGGAGGAUGAGAGGAACUUUAGAAAGUGGUACACAAUGAAACCUAAGAACCCAGGUGGAGAAAGUUUAUGUGUGAGUGUUUUACGUGUUGAAGGAACAUGGCAUGAGUACCCUUGCGAUACCACAUUAGGAUUCAUUUGUUAUGAUGGGAGGGAGGAUGCCACAGAAAGAUACGCUGUCCAUUUUUGGUACCUGACCUGGAAUGCAGCUCAGAGUUACUGCAGAGAGCAUUACACAGACCUGGUCAGUGUGAGGAAUGACACUGAGAACCAGAAGUUAAAAUCAUUACUGAGGUAUCAAUAUGAUUCACAUUUUUGGAUUGGCCUGUAUAGAACCAGGUCUUGGUCAGAUAGGAGCAACUCUUCUUUCAGCAACUGGAAACCAGGACAACCAGAUAAUGCUGGGGGGAAUGAAUACUGUACAGCUGUGUCAUUCAAUGAUUUUGGCCAAUGGACAGAUGAAAACUGCAUUCAUACACUGCCAUUUCUCUGCUACAGUGAUAACAAAGGUGACAAGACUGGACUGCUUUUGUUGUACCACUCAACAUAUCACUUUGUUAAUGAGAGUAAGAACUGGACUGAAGCACAGAGUUACUGCAGAGAGUAUUACACUGACCUGGCCACCAUAGACGACAUGGAGGAAAUGAACAUGCUCAAUAACACAGCAAAUGGCAGCUACUCUGGUUUAGCCUGGAUUGGACUGUAUGAUGAUCUAGAUGGCUGGAGGUGGUCUCUGGAUAAUGAUAGUUUCUACAUGGAAGGAGAGAGAGAUUACAGAGGGUGGUAUCGUGAACCUGACAACAAAGGUGGAAAUGAGUUGUGUGUUUACAUGUCUGGAACAGAGGAAUGGUAUGAUGUUUCCUGUGACAACCAAUUUGGAUUUGUGUGCUAUAAUGGUAAGAGUACAGGCACAUAUUUUUAUUUCUCCAAUGGAAAGACUUGGGCAGAGGCUCAGAGCUACUGCAGAACAUAUUACACUGAUCUGGCCAGUGUGAGGAAUGAGACAGAGAUGCAACAAAUAUUGAGAGUCUCAAAUGGGGAGUUAGUAUGGAUCGGUCUGUAUAGAAACCGACUGUGGUCAGAUCAGAGCAAUUCUACUUUCAAAUAUUGGAGACUGUCUGCUGCAUCAGAAACACCAGAACCUGAUAACGGUCUUUAUUCAGAUGGGCAACAUGGAAAUCAGCAAUGUACAGCUGUGGAUCUUAAACAUUCAGCCCGAUGGACAGAUAAUAACUGCUUAGCCAGGCUCCCUUUCAUCUGCUACAGUGGCCCUGUUGUGGGACUAAGAAUGAAAGUCAAAGCUGCAGGGAAUCUGGCACAAUCUCAGAUUAAAGCAUUGCUGCUAGAGCAGCUACAACAUGAAUUUGGUGCACUGGGGUUUCCCAGCAACUUCACUGUGAAAGUAAAAAAUCUCAGUAAGUCCAGUCCAUGA